AAAAGGGUAUUUAACUUUGCUGUUAAAAGAUUGGACAAGAUGGUGAUAGACAGCGAGCAAGAAUUUCAAGUAGAAAUAAGUGCAAUUGGCAAGACAAACCACAAGAAUCUUGUGCAGCUGCUAGGAUUUUGCAAUGAAGGACAACGUUGGCUUUUGGUGUAUGAAUACAUGAGCAAUGGAUCUUUAGCAUCUUAUCUUUUUGGGAAUUCGAGGCCUCGUUGGUAUAGAAGAACUCAAAUUGCUUUUGGAACUGCAAGAGGGCUUGCUUAUUUGCAUGAAGAGUGCAGCAACCAGAUCAUACACUGUGACAUCAAGCCUCAGAAUAUCCUACUAGAUGACUCCUUGACAACAAGAAUUUCAGACUUUGGAUUGGCAAAACUUUUGAAGACAGACCAGACACGAACUGUUACCGCAAUUAGUGGUACAAAAGGAUAUGUUGCUCCAGAAUGGUUCAAAAGCAAGCCUGUCACAGUCAAAGUUGACAUUUAUAGCUUUGGAAUGUUGUUGCUAGAGCUCAUUUGUUGUAGGAAGAGUUUUGAUCAAGAUGCAAAGGAUGAAAAUCAAAUGAUAUUGGCUGAUUGGGCAUACGAUUGCUAUGAAGAAAGGAGAAUGUAUAUGCUAGUGCAAGAAGAUGAAGAGGCAAUUCAGGAUAUAGAAAGGGUAGAGAAGUUUGUGAUUAUUGCCGUUUGGUGCAUUCAAGAUGAUCCAUUGCUAAGACCCACUAUAAGAGAGUCUCACAGAUGCUAGAAGGAGCUAUUGAAGUUGCUUUUCCUCCAAAAUCUUUCGAUUGAUCAGUUCAAUACUCAUCUUCAACUGCCUCAUUAUCUAUUGAAAAAAAAAAGAUUUAUUAGUCAAUAUUAUUGAAUAAAUUUCGUUGGGUGAAAUCUAGCUAUUGUAUGCUCAUGAAUAUAAAGAUGUUUUACAA